AAAAAAUUUAUCAAUAAAACAACAAUUUCAAGAAUAAAAGGAAAAAAAAAUUUUAAUUAAAAUAUCUAUCUAUCAGCACUAAGUGAACGAAAUUUAUUGCAGCAAAAAGAAAAACAAAAGAGAAGAAAAUGAAAGAAACAAAAAAGUUGCAAACAAACUUUUUUGCAAAAUGAUUUGAAUGAGAAUAAGAAAAAAAGAAGUAAAAGAAAAAACAAAGUUUUCUAUUUUCUGCUGUGCCGCUGAAGAUCGUGUGUAAAACAAGUGUUUGAAAAUAUCAUUUUUCUUGUUCUUAUCUUUGAGAGCCAGUUCUAAACGAAAGUCAACUGCCAAAAACUUCGACGAACCAAAACUUGUGAUAUGAAUAUUGCUUAAGUACAUUUUUUGCCUAUUCGAAGCUUGUGGAUGGACGACGCUUAGGCUUAAAUUGCGAACAAGCGUAAACGCGUAUGCACGCACGUUACAAAAAUUGAAAGUAAUCAGUGAAAGGAAGAGAGAAACAUCAAGAUUGAGAGAGUAAGAGAAGUAGAGAAAAAGAGUAGGAGAGAGUAAGAGUAAGAGCAAAAAAAAGAAACCAAAAAUUUGCUGUGAUCUGCCAUAAAAACAAAGAAAAAAAAUCAGAAAAGACAUUAAUCGAAAAAACAACAGAUCAGACAACGAAAGUUAAACAAAAUUACACACAUUCCUUAUCAUUGGUGCUGUGGACACAACAAAGAAUAAUAGAUGAGAUGUAGCGCGGACCUAUGGUCGGCGAACGCGAUAGAGACCGUGAAACGGUACGUUGGGAAACGGGCAAAUCAACACCAUCCUCCCAAUACAAUAAUGGAGUAUCACAAAUGGUGGGACAAUUGCAUGGUGGACAGGCUGCAAGCCAACAACAACAGCAACAAUUACCAAUACAACGCGAAUCACAACACCAAACCGGGCAGCAUAAAAUUAAACAGCAGCAGCAACAACAGCAACACGAUUAUCAGCCGCAACAACAACAGCCGACAAAUAAUUGGAUUGAAAACGAAAAUCUUGGACGUAACAGCGCCACAUCAACAACAACAACAGCGAACAUUGGAGAUAACUGCGACAAUCAACCCUACUACGACACCAGUGGUAAUGUCGAUUGGAACCGAACAAUGGGAACCACUAGAGUUGGUGCAUACGUUGGCGGCGAUGGAUCCAUACCAACAGCUAGCAGCAUUACUUGCAACAUUAAUCAAAGUGCUGCAACUCAACGAACACCCCCUGCCGCUGCUGGUGGCGGCCUGGAUUAUACUGAUAGCAGCGGCCUUGGUGGCACAUCCGUCACAAUGGCUCAUAUUGGAAGCGGCAUUACGACAAGUGUUGGUGGUGUUUCGACGGCCGGACCUGCGGGACACGUUGGUGGCUCUGCAAAUCCCGGCCAAGGCAAUGUCGGCAAAGAAGUACGCUACGCUCCGUUUCCAGUCACCUCCCCUACACAUUCGAAUCCCACUACUUCCCAGCUACAUCAAAGCGUCGUCGUCGCCGGCGCUUUGCAGCGAACACAUUCCAGAUCCAUGUCCUCCAUUCAGCCGCCCGAGCCUUUUAUGAUAGCGCAGUCAAAACAAAUGAACAAUCGCGUUUCUAUUAAUGUAGGCGGCGUUAAGCAUGAAGUACUAUGGCGCACAUUGGAGCGACUACCGCAUACACGGUUAGGUCGUUUGCGCGAUUGUACAACGCAUGAAGCCAUUAUAGAACUAUGUGACGAUUACUCACUAGUCGAUAAUGAAUACUUUUUCGAUCGCCAUCCAAAAAGUUUCAGUUCCAUUCUAAAUUUUUAUCGUACCGGCAAACUUCAUAUCGUUGAUGAAAUGUGUGUUCUAGCCUUCAGUGACGACCUCGAAUACUGGGGUGUUGAUGAGCUCUAUCUCGAGUCAUGUUGUCAGCAUAAAUAUCAUCAACGCAAAGAAAACGUACACGAGGAAAUGCGUAAGGAGGCCGAAUCGCUCCGCCAACGUGACGAGGAGGAAUUCGGUGAAGGUAAAUGUGCCGAAUACCAGAAAUAUCUAUGGGAGCUGCUGGAAAAGCCGAACACAAGCUUUGCCGCGAGGGUGAUCGCUGUGAUAUCGAUAUUGUUUAUAGUCCUGUCUACCAUAGCCCUGACGUUGAACACUCUACCACAACUACAACACCAUGACAGUGACAAUGGUACACCACAGGAUAAUCCACAAUUGGCUAUGGUUGAGGCGGUGUGUAUAUCGUGGUUUACCCUUGAGUAUAUACUUAGGUUUAGCGCGUCGCCGGACAAGUGGAAGUUUUUUAAGGGCGGCCUCAAUAUAAUCGAUCUAUUGGCAAUACUCCCCUAUUUUGUUUCGCUCUUCCUGUUGGAGACGAACAAGAAUGCAACGGACCAGUUCCAGGAUGUGCGCCGGGUGGUGCAAGUUUUUCGCAUCAUGCGCAUCCUGCGAAUCCUUAAGCUGGCCCGUCACUCAACGGGCCUGCAGUCGUUAGGCUUUACGCUACGUAACUCGUACAAGGAACUCGGUCUACUAAUGCUGUUCCUGGCUAUGGGCGUUCUUAUAUUUUCUUCGCUGGCAUAUUUUGCCGAAAAGGAUGAAAAGGAUACAAAAUUCGUUUCAAUACCGGAAACAUUUUGGUGGGCGGGUAUUACAAUGACAACUGUUGGCUACGGGGACAUCUACCCCACUACUGCACUGGGAAAAGUUAUUGGUACUGUGUGUUGCAUAUGCGGUGUUCUGGUAAUCGCUUUGCCUAUUCCCAUCAUCGUCAAUAAUUUCGCUGAAUUUUACAAGAACCAAAUGCGACGCGAGAAGGCGCUUAAACGGCGUGAGGCGCUCGAUCGUGCCAAACGCGAGGGUAGCAUUGUCUCCUUUCACCAUAUCAAUCUGAAAGACGCAUUUGCCAAAUCCAUGGAUCUCAUCGAUGUGAUUGUCGACACAGGCAAACAAACCAAUGUCGUACAUCCGAAAGAUAAAAACAAUAAAACGACAGCGAGUGUAGGAAAACAACCACUAAGUUCUCUAAUGUCAGAAAAGCGCGAAAGUCGCAAUAGAUCCAUUAAAAAUUGGCAUCGUUUAACGAACGCCCUACGACGGUCACCCACAGGACACAAUCUAUCACAAACGGAUGGCAAUAGCACGGAAGGCGAAUCAACUAGUGGACGAAAUCCGGCCACCACAGGCAUCGGUUGCUAUAAAAGUUACGAUCAUAUCUCAAAUAUGAAAAACUCCAGCAUGUUACAUCAUCGUUCAUCUGUACCUGACCAUCAUGAUGCUGUCCCACCUUAUUCAUUUGAAAAUCCGAAUGCUCGUCAAACAUCAAUGAUGGCCAUGGAGAGCUACAAACGCGAACAACAAGCUCUUCAACAACAGCAGCAGCAACAGCACCCACAACAGCAACUGCAACAGCAGCAACAGUUAGAAGAAGACACAAAGAAAUCUUUAUUAAUUAUAGCAUCAUCAGCUGAAAGCGCAAUUACCACAAGUGCCCCAAGCGUCCCGCUAACAGGACCCGAUGAAACUAAUGCAAUCGCCACCGCAACAUCCCAAGCCGUUGAUGCGAAUGCACCACCAUCAGUACUACCCAUCCAGAUGAUGAUCAAACCCGGGAUAUUACGGGGAAAGAGUAAGGAGGAAGUGGCUGAGUUGCGACGCCAAGUGGCCCUUGAAAAUUUACAAAAUCAACGCUUGGAUAAUUUUGAUCAAGACGUACCUGUGGAAUUUGAAUGCUGUUUCUGCACAUCAAAGGAUUUUAAGGAGUUUACCGACGCCGAAGGUGUUAUUGCUCUUCCCACUUCAGACUUCCAUAGGCCAAUCUGUUACGAAUUGCGUACAGCUGCUAAUCGACAAAUUCCAGCGAGCCUUCCAUUUGGUUUACUGGCCCCAACAACGCCGCCACUUCCCACCACUCAGAUGUCCAGUUUGAUACAACAGCAGCAGUUGAUCGGUCUUAGUGUUUCAGUUGCGACAGGCACAACAAAUGUUGACGCCAUUUAUUCCAUUGGCAGUGAUGGUGGAGUUUUGCGCGCUCCCGCACUGCUGCACACUGCCUCUGGCGUUGCGCCAAUAUCACAGUCAUCCUCGACGUCUUCGUCGUAUGGUACUACAAUAUCCACAACAUUAGCGCUGCCAAUCGAUACGCCGUUGCGUUAUCCACAGUACAUCACUAACUCGAAUUCUGCGAAUAAUAAUUUUAAUCACAAUUACAAUAACAAUCUCAAUUCAACAUCUAUAGGCAUAAGCCAUCCAUUAUCAAUAACAUCGGGAACGAAUGCCAGUUUAAGUAUGAGCAUUGGUUUAACGGGCCUCACAAAUAAUUUCAGUAAUAAUAACUUAAAUAAUAAUUACAAUAACAAUAAUGCGGAUUUAGCUAGUGUUGAUAGUUCGGAUACUUAUGCUAGUUGUCAAACGCAUCCAUUCCUGUCACAAGGAGAUCUUACUUCAGAUUUUAAUGAAGAGGUGUGCGCUCUGGACAUUGACAUGGACAAUUUAUAUAUAAAUCCUUUGGAAAAGGAUUCGACGGGAAAUAAUACAAAUACGGGUUAUAUAGUGGGAUUGCCAACGACUCCAUCAUCAGGACAAAUACGACCUCAUGUCAAGAAGAGCGCAUCUGGCGAUACAUCAUUCCGCAGUUUGGUUGCUGGCGGAUUAAGUCCUAUGGAUGAUCUCUAUCAAAAUUUUGAUGUCCACGAACGUGGCAGUCAUAUUAGCCUAAACGAGAAUCCUGUGCCAAAGCAUCGCAAGACGCGUUUUCAGCAAAGUUAUGCAGCAGCGAUUUCCAAUGUUGGGGCUGCAACUGGUCAUACACCCAGACUGCGGGCACGCUUCGAUGACUCGAAGCUAUCUGCCGAAAAUUUAGGCGCCGAUAGUAGUCCUGCCAGCUGUGGAAGCAAAAAGAAACGUUCAUCUUUUAUGCCUGGAAAAAGUCUAGCCACUGCCACCAAACUAAUUAAUCAACAUUUGUUCGGUAUACAACAUAUCGGACCUAAAGCCAAAUUUGAAAGCAAACAUUCCUCAUCAAUAGACUCGAUCGAUGUUUCACCCAACUUGGAACAUCAUCGGCGCUCCAAAUCAAUACUAAAAAAUAAAUCGGAUAUCUCGCGGGUUGUAACGGAUCCCGAAAGUGAACGUCUUUUAGCCGACAAUAUGUCUGGUUCGGGUGUAUCCGACAAUGGCACCGUAAUGGGUGAAUCAGGCAGCGAUUACUCACCGAACAAAUUACCUCAUUCAGUAUUAGCUAAGUCAAUAUCCCCACCACCCCUUAGGCAUCGUACGCUGAUGCAGCAGCGCUCGGGACCGGCAACACUUCAAUCGUCAAAACCAACCAAAUUCCAAACGCCACGCUAUCCGGAAGAGCAGGCCCUGCGUCAAGUAAAACCCGUCGUCGCCCGAUCAUCAGCUGCCUCGUCUCAACUAACCAACGACCACCGUUACGAUUCUAUUAAUCGUGACAGCAGCUUAGACUCGGAAACAACAUUCACAUCUAACGUAAAUCUGCAAGGCGAAGCGGUUGAUAGUGGCAAUGAUUGCAGCGGUGAUGCUGGCGGUUCAAGUGACGAGAAUCGUUCGCUACUGCAUCGUGACAAUUCAGUCAAGGAUGGCGACGAUCGAAAAUCAGAGAAUGGCCAGAAGGCGUAACAACCAAUGAAAAUUAAAAGCGAAAGCUAGAAGGCAAUUAGAAGCGACUAAGAAUAACUUAGAAAGAAAACGAUACCAGCGUGAAGAAGAAAUAUUGCGGAAAAGCAAAAUGCAAAAUGCAAAAUAGAAAAUAAACAAACAAAAAGCAAUGAAUUCUUUACAUUUUAAGUCUCGUUUAACGUAUUUUCCUUUAUGUUAUUUUUUUAACAAAACCAUAAGCUUAUAUACAAAAGAAUAAUUAUUUUAUAAAUUUAGUCAAAUAAGAGAAACAAAAAAAAAAAAAAAACAAGCAAACAUAGAAACCAGAAUACUUCGCUCCGAAUCGCUAAAAAGUGAAGAUUGCGAAUUUUUAAGCUUUCAACAUAAAAAAAAAAAAAAACAACAAAAAAAAAAGCCGGUAAAAUUUAUACAAACA